AUGCUGACCACCCUGGGGCUGCUGCUUAGCCUUGCUCUCCCCGUGCUGGGGACCUAUGUUUCCAUCAGCUGCCCCAGCCACAAUCAGUGCCAACGGGCCCUACUCUCGGGUAAUGAUAUCCUCCUGCACUGCCCCUCCACUGGGGCACGCUGGUACUACUUGCAGGCAGAUGAGACCAGCCGGCCCACCAACGUCCUCCAUGUCUUCAACACAGAUAUACUGUCUGAAGGCAGCCUUCUCAUUAGAAGCCCCCAGCCCUCCCAGACGGGCUAUUACAGGUGCCAGGAUCCGAACGGCACUCAAGUGGUGCAGUACGAGAUCGACUUCCAGGACGUCACCACCCUACAUAUUACGCAUAAAGGCCUGGGUCAAAAGCCCCUGCAGAACGAGACCCUGAGCCCAAAUGAGGCGACACUCAUGUUCACCCGCUGGGAGCCCUGGCAGGACUGUAACCGCUGCGGGGAGCCAGGCGAGCGCAAACGCCUGGGGUACUGCUACAUCCAGGAGCCACUGCUGGAGCCCAUGCCCUGUUGGCUCUAUCAGGACGAGGCGAAGACGUGGUCCAGCCGCAUGCAGCCUGAGCUACAAAUAGAAGCCUGCCUUGAAGAGUGCAAACCUUCUGAAGGUUUCACCUGGGAGUAUGUCACCUUUGACAGCUUCAAUUUCAACAAAGAGUCAGAAUCUGUGUGGCUCAGCUGCCCCUUAGGAUCUAUCUACAGGCCGGUCAUCUGGGAAGCCGACAACGUCCCCUUGACCUGGCGCGACCAGCUCUCCAGCCAGGACUUUAGCGCCAGCAUGGACUCCUCCACCGGCGGGAGCCAGCUGCAGAUCUUCCGCCCGGCCAUUUACACGUGCUUCGUGCAGCAGGAGCUUGUGGCUCGAUUCAACCCCACGUCGGAACCAGAGGUGCUGCUGUCUCACGGGAGAGAGGAAGCUGGAGGGCGGCAGGAGACAGGGAAGGCCGACUCCGUCCUCAAGGGGCUGAAGCUCAUGCUGCUCGUGGGCACAGUCCUGGCCCUGGCUGGGGCACUGUUCAAGGUCCUGCGCCCUUUCCAGGGCAAAAAGUGCAAUCAGGUGCUGCUGGUGAAAUAA